CUCCCUCCCUUUAGGAUUUUUCCUCCUUGUGCUUCCCACCCUUGCCUUACUCCCUUCAAUAGAAUCACACUGUCCUUUUACUCUUUCUCUCUUGGGCUCUACUUAAACCUUUUAAUAACUGGGAUAAAAAGCAACACCUCAACCAAGAAAAGCUCUCAGAGAAUGCUUCACCAGCACUGCCUUUGAGAAAACACCAACAGCCAUUUAAAAAGGAUCUACUUUAGAGAAAACGCUUCACUCCACUUUUCACAACUUUCACUGCUCAAAAGAGAAAAAGAAAGAAAUAAUACAUCAUGGAACUUCAGAAACUAACAAACGGUCACCACCAAGACUUUCAACAACUUGAAGAAGGAGAGUCACCUGAACAAGAGGAGUUUUUACCACACAAGAGUGAUGGAGGAAAACCCCCUCAGUUUACAGAUUUUGAAGGAAAGACGUCAUUUGGAAUGUCUGUCUUCAACCUCAGCAAUGCCAUCAUGGGCAGUGGGAUUCUGGGACUGUCUUACGCCAUGUCCAACACUGGUAUCAUUCUCUUUCUGAUCUUGUUGACCUGCAUUGCUGUCAUGUCAUCAUACUCUGUCCAUCUUCUGCUGAGGAGCGCAGGGGUUGUAGGGAUUCGCGCUUAUGAACAACUGGGUAAACGAGCAUUUGGACACCCGGGAAAAAUACUGGCAGCUCUUGUCAUAACAAUGCACAACAUUGGUGCUAUGUCUAGCUACCUCUUCAUUGUGAAGUAUGAAUUACCUCUGGUUAUUCAGGCUUUCCUUGGCCUUCAGCACAGCAGUGGUGAGUGGUUCCUGAAUGGCAACUAUUUGAUCAUCAUUGUGUCCAUUUUAAUCAUCUUGCCCCUUGCCCUGAUGAGACAACUUGGGUACUUGGGUUACACCAGUGGCUUCUCUCUGACAUGUAUGGUUUUCUUCCUGAUCUCAGUCAUCUAUAAGAAGUUCAACAUCCCUUGUCCUUUUGAUGGUUUCACCAACCACACUGCUGAAAACAUAUCUAUUGAUGGUGAAUGUGAAGCCAAAUACUUCACUAUCAACCAGCAGACAGCCUACACGGUUCCCAUCUUGGCCUUCGCUUUUGUAUGCCACCCUGAGGUGCUGCCGAUCUACACCGAGCUGCGCAAUCCCACAAAAAGACGCAUGCAGGCCAUUGCCAACGUGUCCAUCCUGGGGAUGUUUGUCAUGUAUCUGCUCACUGCCAUCUUUGGCUACCUCACCUUUUAUUUAAACACAGAGGCAGAACUUCUACACACCUACAGCAAGGUGGAUCCUCUGGACACGCUCAUCCUGUGUGUGCGUGUGGCCGUGCUGGUGGCCGUGACGCUGACUGUUCCUGUUGUGCUCUUCCCGAUUCGUAGAGCCCUCCUUCAGCUUCUAUUCCCUGAUAAGCCCUUCCACUGGGUGCGUCACAUCUCUAUUGCAUUGUGUCUCCUUUUCGUAGUCAACCUGCUUGUCAUUUGUGUGCCCAACAUUCGUGACAUUUUCGGCAUCAUUGGUGCAACCUCUGCUCCGAGCUUGAUCUUCAUUCUCCCAGGUCUUUUUUACAUCCGUAUCGUGUCCAGCGAACCAAUGAACUCAAGACCAAAAAUUCAGGCUGCCUGCUUCACUGCUCUGGGCUUCAUCUUUAUGAGCAUGAGCAUGACGUUCAUCACACUGGAUUGGGUCUACGGAGAGAAUCGAAGUGGAGGAGGUCACUGAUCUUCAAACACUAUACUGUAAGGGUCCAAAAAGCCUUCUUAGAGGAACAUCACUACCCCUCUCCUGAACCUGAGAGAAACCAAAACAUCACUUAGGCUGGACCCAACUCACCUCAGAUCUGUUUUCACACUGAGUAAGGAAAGGACUGAUGUCCUGCCAUCUUUAAAAUAAACAUGGAUAAAAAAUCCUAUGAUGUUUCAUGGUGGAGGAUUUCUGGGGGACACAUAAAUGUCAUGCCAAUUUGAGGCUGUUUCUACAAACGGGCCUCGUAACGAUAAAGGAUGCUUGUGUUGGAGAUGGAAGUCCGCUAAAUAGCUUUAAAAUAAUGCUAAAAGAUACAGCAGAAACCAAAAUAAACAACUGGAGAGGUUUGUUUUGUCUGAUGGAUACCAGGAAACAAUCAAGUUUGUCACAUAUCAUCUGUUCUGUUGUCCUCAUCAAAUGAAAGCCAUAGUCCCAGAGUGCAAUAUUAGGGAAAUUGAAAUAUAUUUUCCUGCUUCAAUUUGUUCAUUAAAAAAUGUGGUUACACUUUACUUG